AUGGCAAGCCGCCGCCUCGUUCUCAUCACAGGCAUCAACGGUUACAUUGCGGCGCACACGGCUGCUGCCUUCCUCAAAGCCGGGUACGCUGUGCGCGGCACCAUCCGCGCGAAAACAGGAAACGCCGCGUCGCUCGCCCGUGCUCUUAGUCGCUACCAUGACGGCGACCGGCUAGAGCUGGUCGAGGUUCCCGAUGUCGGCGUUGACGGAGCAUUUGACGCGGCUGUUCAAGGUGUCGAUGCAAUCGCCCAUCUCGCCAGUCCCGUCUCCAUGACGGAGACCGACCCGGCGCCCAUCAUGCGCGCCGCUGUUCAGGGCACCACCUCCCUGCUUACCUCGGCAUGGGCCGAGUGGCAAGCCCGGAAAGGUGCACUGCGGUCAUUCGUAUUCGCCUCGUCCAUCAGCGCCAUCUUUUCUCAAGCAAAGCCCCCGGGGCACGUCUUCACCGAGAGUGACUGGAACACAGUCGCCGAGGAGGAGGUCAGCAGGCUUGGGAAGGGGGUAUCCGGCUAUGUCCUUUACCAGGCGAGCAAGACGGCGGCCGAGAGGGCAUUUUGGACGUUUGGUGAAGAGAAACGGCCCGGGUUUGGCAUGUCAGCGCUCUGCCCUGCCCCUGUGCUUGGGCCACCGCUCUACCUCCCUCAGCCCAUGUCCAAACUCAGCAUGCGAGUCAACGACAUCUACGAGAUGCUGCGCGGCGGCCCGAUACCAGAGUUCUCGCCCAUCAGGAGCACAUUUGUAGACGUGCGUGAUGUGGCUGAGUUGGUCCUCAAACGCGUUGAGAAGGAUCUUGAAGAUCAGGUUCAGCCGGCUCGGGAGCGCUACCUGGUGGUCGGGCAACAAGCUGUGUCGCCGCAGUUGAUGGUUGACGUGCUACGGGACGGCUUCCCUGAGCAGCGGGACAAAAUGCAGCAGGGGAAUCGCGGCGAGAAAUAUCCGAAUAUGACAUGGCGAUUCGACGCCGCAAAGGCAAGCAAUCUGCUGGGCAGGGACUGGAUCAGCUUCCAGAAGAGUGUGGUCGAGAGUGCGCAGGUGUUCAUAGAGGCAGGCGUGUUCGAGCGCAAGAUCGACCUCUUUGAGGCGCGGCUUGCCAGCAUCGAGGGCAUGCUUCGCGAGCUGACCGUCUCGGUCAACCGCCGGAGCCCUUCCGGCUCGUCCCCCGCCGAUAGCGGGUCCGGUGCGGCCCCCCUUGCUCACGGCCCCACCGGCUCCUCGCCGGCUGCCGUGGACGGCGCUGGUGCCGACCUCACAUACGGAGCCGAGGACAGCAACGACGCCGACUCUGCGUUCCAAGGGGACUCCUCCAUGGCCGCCCAGACGGUGUUUGCAAGCGAGUUCCUCGAGAACACGGUGACCGGAACCCUCGCCCACGAUCUGGACCCGGACAUGCAGUCGGCUUUGUCAUCCCUCCAGCAGAUCGUGAGCAUGCAGAACCGCCCCAGCGCGCACGAAUCCCGCUUCGUCAACGCCAAGCCCGUGCCCAAAGGCGGCAUCCGUGAACUCCCCAUGCCGCCGGCCCACGCCGUUGUUUCGGCACUGCGCGAGGCAAAAGACACUCCACCGGUGGGCUUCACAACAGUCUGCACCUUCAUCGCCAUGGGCAACUUCACCGCGCACUGCCGCAAGGUGUACUUUGCCACCGAAGACUACAGCCUCAUGGAAUGGGGGACCGUCAACGGCGGGCUGUACUUCCUGUUCCAAGAGAAAGCGGCCUUGGCGGCAGAAGGCAGCGCCCAGCGCGACCAGCUGCUCGAGUACCAGACCCUCUGUCGCGACAACCUCGAGACGGCCUUGACCAACCUCCCGCUGCUGCUGCCCGCGCGCAGGGAAAGCAUCGAGGUGGUGCUGAUAGGGGCCUUCUACGCCAUCGAAAUCUCCAAAUACACCCUAGCCCGCGACCUCAACUCAAUCGCCGCAACACUAUGCCAAAACCUAGGCUACCACCGCCUGCGCACGUCGACGCCAGAAAGCGAAUCCAAGGCAGCCCUCUUCUGGUCCGCGUACCUCCUUGACAAGGCCCUGUCCCUGCGCGCGGGGCGUGCCCCGGCCAUCCAGGACUACGACAUCACGGUGCCACGGACUGUGGGCGCCAACCUCAACAUACCCGACGAGCUGGGCGGCGCGGCCGUACGGGACUGGAUCAGCUUCUCCGAGAUUAUGGGCAAGAUCUAUGAGCAGCUGUACAGUCCUGCGGCGUUGGCGAGGUCGCCUGAGGAACGUGCUGAGAGUGCGAAGCAGUUGAUCCAGGCUAUGGAGUACCUAGCGACAGAGAAGGAACCCCUGAUGCGACGGGUCCGGGAAAAGGUCGAGCGCACCAGAAUCGGGGCCAACACCCCGUUCUCGAUCGACAUGGCCAUCAUGAGCGACGAGCUGCUCUACUGGGGUGGCCUCACGCUGGCCUACCGCGCCAUUCCGAGCCCGCCUGGCUCGCCGAGCACCUUUAAUCCCGAAUGCAUCCACGCCGCGAGGGAGGCAUUUGCAUGCCAUGAAGCGUACAUGGCAAUGGCGGGCGACAACCUGACGCUCAAAACAAGCUUUCUCCAAUGGAACGUCCUCUACGUCCCCUUCAUCCCCGCCAUAGUCCUCUUCUGCCACGUCGUAGAGACGUCCGACCAAGACGACCUCCGACGGCUGGCAGACUUUGUCGAGUCCCUGCAGCCGCUGUGCGCCAUGUCCGCGGCCAUCGACAGGCUGCACCGAAUCUGCCAUGUCCUGCACAAGGUGGCCAGCAUCUGUGUCCGGGCCAAGGCUGCGCAGCAACAGCAGGACCCCGGGCAGCAGGACCAUGAUAUGCUUAUGGUGGGUAAUAAUAUUGAUAUGUAUCUGAGCCAGCUGGGAUUUAUGCCCCAGUUUGGCGGUGGUGGUGUGUACCCUCAGAUGCAGCCUGGCGGCGUUGCUGCUGCCAACUUCAACGACGCGCCAGGUGUAGAGCUCAAUGCAGAGCUGCAGGCGAAUCAGUUGGGUAACUGGUUUUCGGCCAAUACUCAUAUCAUUGGCUUGCUGGAGGAGGAUCUGUCCGAUUUCGAGCCGCGUGGUUGGCCGUCUAUGGGAGACGGUCAGUAA